AUGGGUAAACCGGGAGACAAAUCUCGCAUUCGAUGGCAGGAUAACGACGUUGAGGCCGGUCGGUCUGCGAGCCGACCGGUUCAAGGUCCUGGGCUUGAGCGUACUCGCUCUCAUGGCUCCAUGUCAAUUCGGAGUGUUCGUUCGAAUACCGGUGGUGGUGUUGAUCCCUCCGCGGCGCUGCCUAUUCAGUACCGGACUGUCUCCAUCGACAUUGAUGAUUACAACCGCAAGGCUGAAGUGGCCAACAAGGUCUCAAAGGCUGCUGCGACAGGUACUUUGUUUUCUCUUGGUCACAUUUGCGGUUCGGGAAGGCUGACGAUAUGUCUGAUGAUGACAGGCCUUGCCGACCUCGAAUGGCACACCCUUCCCGUUGCUGACGUUGUCAAUCGCUGGACCACCUCCCUCGACCAAGGCCUCUCUCAAGACCAAAUCAAGCGCCGCGUCACUGAAUAUGGCAAAAACACGCCCUCCCCCCCGGAGACCCGCCACUUCCAACAAAUCAUGGGCUACUUCUUUAAGGGCUUCGGUUCUGUCCUCCUCGUCGGCUCCAUCCUCGUCUUCGUUGCUUGGAAGCCUCUGGGACAACCCCCGGCCCAGGCCAACUUGGCCUUGGCUAUCGUCUUGCUUGCUGUGUUCUUCAUUCAGGCCGCCUUCAACAUGUGGCAGGACUGGUCGUCGUCUCGGGUCAUGGCUUCCAUCAAGAAUAUGAUUCCUGAGGAGUGUCUUUUGAUUCGGGAAGGCGUUCAGGUUUCGGCCAUGGCUGCUGAUAUUGUUCCUGGAGAUGUGUUGCUGGUCAAGGCGGGGAAUAAGUUGCCGGCGGACGUGAGGUUUGUGCAGGUGUCGAGUGAUGCUAAGUUUGAUCGGUCGAUCCUUACUGGUGAAUCGGUCCCUCUUGCUGCCACUGUUGAUGCUACGGAUGAGAACUACCUCGAGACCAAGAACAUUGGUUUGCAGGGCACCCAUUGCUCGUUUGGUACUUGCACUGGAGUUAUUGUCGCCACUGGCAGCAAGACGGUGUUUGGACGGAUUGCCAAGUUGACCAAUGAGCCUAAAAAGGGGAUGACGCCUCUUGAGAGGGAGGUUCUCAACUUUGUCUAUGUCAUUUGUUCCAUCAUGGUGGUUAUGAUCAUUGCGGUUGUUGUUAUUUGGGCCGCCUGGCUGAGGACUACGUAUCCAGACUGGAUCAGCGUCCCUAAUCUGAUCGUUGCUUGUGUGUCGGUUGCUGUGGCUUUCAUUCCUGAAGGCUUGCCAGUAGCGUUGACGGCCAGUCUGACGAUCAGUGCGAAUAUGAUGCGGAAGAACAAGGUCUUGUGCAAGUCGUUGAAGACUGUUGAGACGCUUGGGUCUGUGUCUGUCAUUUGUUCGGACAAGACUGGGACACUGACAGAAAACAAAAUGCUGGUCACAGACUGUGCCCUUGGUGGCAAGGAAAUGACUGUGGAUGGCAUCCUCGAUGUUGCCAUCGCCGAGCGACUUACCAACGGUGACAUGGCGAGCAACUCCAUUGACCAGCUGCGCAGCGUUGCUGGGCUUUGCAACGCUGGAGAGUUUGACGCUGCCACGUGGAGCCUGCCCGUUAGCGAAAGAAAGAUUCACGGUGACGCUACUGACCAAGCCAUUCUGCGGUUUGCAGAAGGCUUGGGUCCUGUGUCUGAGCUCAAGCGCUGUUGGGCUACGAAGUUCAACCUCGCCUUCAACAGCAAGAACAAGUUCAUGAUUCGCGUUCUGGGAUACACCCAUCCUGAUGGGCUGAGCUUGGCUUUGCCAACUGGAACGGCGUCUGUCUUUGAGCCUGGUGAUAUGCUCUUGACUAUCAAGGGAGCUCCAGAGAUAUUGAUGGACCGUUGUACCAACUUUACUGGUAGUUCGGGUGUUGCCAUGACCUUGACUCCUGAAGUUAGAGAGAAGUUCAACCGCAUCAAGAAUGAUUGGUCUGCACAAGGGCGUCGGGUAUUGCUUCUGGCCCACAAAGCACUCUCCAGGUGCUCCUUUAAGUCGUCUCCCUUUUCCUCGGCUGCCUUUGAGGCAGAGACUUUGGAGCAAGCCAAAUCUGGACUCACGCUCGUGGGCCUGGUCGCUAUUGUUGACCCUCCCCGGCCUGAGAUCCCAGAGGUGGUCAAGAUUCUUCGGACGGCUGGCAUUCGCAUGUUUAUGGUCACUGGAGACUUUGCCUUGACGGCCCAAGCUAUCGCUAGAGAGUGCGGCAUCAUCACCAACCCAGACAGCGUUGUCGCUAACGUCACCGCUCUGUCCCGGGAGCCCACCGAAACAAAAAAUCACAAGGAACACACUCCGUCUGAAGAAGGCGACGAGGAGCUCUCAAAGUCCAUCGUGCUGACCGGCCCAGAUCUCAUCACCCUCAACAGCACCCAAUGGGAUGCUCUCGUCUCCUCCUACAACGAAGUCGUCUUUGCCCGAACAACCCCCGAGCAAAAACUGCGAAUCGUCCGUGAGCUCCAGGACCGCGGUCACGUCGUGGGCAUGACAGGCGACGGCGUUAACGACGCCCCUGCCCUCCGCGCAGCAGACAUUGGCAUUGCCAUCGGCGGCGGGAGCGACAUUGCCAUUGAGGCCGCUGACAUGGUCCUUCUCGAGUCCUUCUCCAGCGUGGUCGAAGCGGUCCGCUUUGGUCGGGUGCUGUUUGACAACCUCAAGAAAACCAUCGCGUACCUCCUCCCCGCUGGAAGUUUUGCUGAGUUCUGGCCCAUCAUGACAAACGUCGCUUUUGGGCUGCCGCAGAUUUUGAGCUCGUUUUUGAUGAUCAUUAUUUGCUGUUUUACGGAUUGUCUGGCUGCUACCGCGCUGGCGUAUGAAGCUCCCGAGGCGGAUGUUUUGAAGAGGCCUCCGAGACGGGUCGGGGUGGAUAGAUUGGUUGAUUGGAGGUUGAUUGUGCAGAGUUAUGGGUUUGUGGGUGUGAUUGAGACGGUGGUGGCCUUUGCGAUGGCGUAUUGGUUUUUGGAGAGGGAGGGGGUCAAGUUUGGGGAUUUGUGGUUUGGGUUUGGAAGGGUGCCGGGGGGUAUGUCGGGAGAGGAGGUUGUAGCUAGGUUGAAUGUGGCUAGUUCGGUGUACUUUGUGACGUUGGUUGUGGUGCAAUGGUUCAAUUUGUUGGCGGUUAGGACGAGAAGGUUGAGUAUUUUUCAGCAUCCGCCGUUGUUUAACAAGGAGACGAGGAACUACUACUUGUUUCCGGCGGUGUUGUUUUCGUUGGUGAUGGCGUUUUUUUGGUUGUAUAUUCCGAGUUUGCAGAGUGUUUUGGGGACGGCGGAGGUACCGGUGGAGUAUUGGUUCUUGCCAAUGUGUUUCGGGUUGGGCAUUUUGUUGUUGGAUGAGGGGAGGAAGUGCAUGGUGAGGAGGUAUCCUGGGGGGUUUUGGGGGAGGGUAGCUUGGUGA